AUGGGGAUGGAGAUACAAGACGGAAGAAAGCAACUUAUGGAAGAAGCUAAGAAUUUUGUUAACACGAAGGUGGGUGGUCGCCCUCUAAGGUAUUUCAUGAGAGGAACAGUUGGUCACGGUGAGGAUGUAGCUUUUUGGCUUGAUACUUGGCUCCUUGAUGAACCUCUCAAGACUGCAUUUCCAGACUUAAUUAGUAAGGAAGCUGAUAAAAGGGUCUCGGUGGCCGACAGGUUUAUCAGUCAAAGUAGCGAUGGCCGAUAUUCUUGGAGCUGGAACUCGGACCUGUCGGACUCUAUUCUUCGCUCGAGGUUAGAACAGUUAAUUGGGCUGCUAGAUAGUGUCAUCUUAGCGACUGGUAAGGCCCGGUGGAAAUGGACAUCAGCUUUGGAUGGUUCGUUCUCGGUUAAGGCAGUUAAAAAACUGUUGAAUGGGGAUCAAGUGCAGGAAAAGUGCUUUGUUCUGGAUUGGUGCAACUGGAUUCCUGCCAAAGUAAACAUUCACGUAUGGAGGUUGGAGAUGAAUAAAGUUCUCACAGCCGAAGCUUUAAGGAAAAGAAAUGUUGGCAUCCGCGACACGACGUGCCCCCUUUGUCAUUCUGAAGACGAAUCGGCCGAUCACUUGUUUAUUGGUUGUUUCAUCGCUUCGACAGUUUGGAGUGGGGUUAGUUCAUGGUGCAAUAUUCCUAACAUAUUCGCAUUAUCUAUUCGUGAUCUUCUUUCCUUUUACAAAGACCUCGGGUUGUCGGAGAAGAAAAGAGACGCGGUUCAAGGCAUUAUAAUGAUAACUUGCUGGAGCGUUUGGCGAGCUAGGAAUAACGUCAAAUUUUCUAAUUCGUCGGUUAGAAUUGAAAGUAUUAUUAGCGAAAUUAAGACUUUAAGUUUUCUUUGGUUUUCAAAUAGAUCGAGAUAUAAAGGUUUAGAUUGGAAGGAUUGA